AAGUGGUCCUGAACAACCUCUCCCCUCGCACUGGAGGAACAGGCAAACUUCCUCUCUGGAAAAUUGGACAGUGCUGAGGCCCUUCAUGGUGAACAAUAUGUUGUCAUCUGAGAAGCCCAAGGAGGGGGUUUGCCAUCAUUGUGGACACAAGGCUGCAGUAGUGAUGUGUAGGGACUGUUUACCACGAUCACUCUACUGCACAGCCUGUGACCUUUCCACACAUGAGGCCCUGGUGCUUCAUAACAGAGCAUCCAUCGUGGAGGGGUUCUUCAGACACCUGCCACCAUCCACUUUUGUUCAGCAGCAUGAAAAAGAUAGCAUGUUACCAAUCGUUCCUCCCUGCUGUGACUGCUCCACUGGGCAAACAGUUAUUUUAAUUGGAAUGAAUGGAAGAUACAACCUCUUCCUUCCAUCAGUAAGCUGCUCCUGUGGAAAAACCUUGUCAGUGACUAUAAGCGAUCUGGUUGAAAGUGGUUACUGGCCAGCCACUGUCAAUUUUGAGACCUUGUACAUGGUGGACUUGUUCACCACGUAUGAGGAUCUAAAAAUCACUGCCCCAGGGAUGUCACGACAAGCUUUUGUCAGCAUGCUCGAGUGUCGAACAAAACUCUUCGGGCGAAGUGGUAAGAUAUGUGGGGACACAAUGCAGAGGGCCUUCCUCGAAUGGGCCUAUGCCAAAUUUGAGGUUGAAAAGCUGUCUCAGGUCCAGCAUUUUCAGUGCCCUGCAUGCACACCCUCCAUGUUGGCAGUUGCAGUGGAUGGGAACCGCAAAUUAUAUCGUUUCAAAAGCCAACCAGGUCUUUUUGGCCAGUGAUGCUGAGGUGUCCUCCUU